GGGGGGAGAGCGGGAGAGGCAGCGGGAGAGACGGUCCGCCAUAUUUCUGCCUCGCCACGCCCGCGGAGCCGAGCCAUUGAAAAGCCGGGCGAGCCCGGCCCCUGCCUGCCUAUUUGCCUCCUCUUCCUCGCCGGCGGCUGCCCGCUGUCCUCCCCCUCUCUCGCCCUUACUGGCAGGGCAGGGGCGAGUCGCGGCAGCUUUCCAGCAGCGGCUCUCCCCGCCAGAGGGGCGAGCGGCCGCCGCGCCGGGAAGGAGGGUCGGCCGUGAGGAAGCGCUUCCCGCCGGGCGAGCGCCGAAGGUCGCCGGGCAGCGGCGGGCCGGCCCACUCCGCAGGAGCUGGGCUCCCGCUCCGGGGCACGGGGAGCGGCAGGGAAAUGUGUGUGCGGAGGGGGGGGAGGGAUUAGCGGGCAUUAGCAUUUCCACGGAGGGGUGGGGUGGUCGCGUCGGAGUGCGGUGGGGGUGUCGUCCGCCAGGGACACUCGGGGACCGCGUUGGCUGCGGGCGGCGGCGAGGGAAGGGGAGUAGCAGGGCGAGGGGCGGCGGUGGCGAGCGGCUCGGCUCGGCUGGGUAGCGCUGCUGCCGCCGCGGUGGAUGUUUCCAUGUUGUUUGGUGCAUGAUUUAGAGGAGAGGAGGAGUUGGCAGCGGCGGGUGUCAGCGGCACGGAGCGGGGAUCCGCGCCGCCAGCGGCCCUGCCUCUUCUCGCCCCUGUGUGGCAUCGAGGCAGCUGCCUGCGCUUGCCCUGCGGCGCCCGGCGGGGGCUCCCGGGUCAGAGAGCGCCUGUGCCCCCCGGGGCCGGUGCGGCGGCGGCGGGGUGCGUGUGUGUGACUGUGCGUGCGAUUUUAGGGGGAGUGGGGGUUGUGUCUGAACCAGUUAGGAAGAAUGACUCUGGAGUCCAUCAUGGCGUGCUGCCUGAGUGAGGAAGCCAAGGAAGCCCGGCGGAUCAACGACGAGAUCGAGCGGCAGCUGCGCCGGGACAAGCGGGACGCCCGCCGGGAGCUGAAGCUGCUGCUGCUGGGCACAGGAGAGAGUGGCAAAAGCACAUUUAUCAAGCAGAUGAGAAUCAUUCAUGGAUCAGGUUACUCUGAUGAAGACAAAAGGGGCUUUACAAAACUGGUGUACCAGAAUAUAUUUACAGCAAUGCAGGCCAUGAUCAGAGCCAUGGAUACCCUCAAAAUCCCAUACAAGUAUGAACAUAACAAGGCUCAUGCACAGUUAGUUCGAGAAGUCGAUGUAGAGAAGGUGUCAACUUUUGAGAACCCAUAUGUAGAUGCAAUAAGAAGCUUAUGGAAUGACCCUGGAAUUCAGGAGUGUUAUGAUAGACGACGGGAGUAUCAAUUAUCAGAUUCAACUAAAUACUAUCUUAAUGACUUGGACCGCAUAGCAGACUCCACGUAUCUGCCAACUCAGCAAGAUGUGCUCAGAGUUCGAGUCCCAACAACAGGGAUCAUUGAAUAUCCAUUCGACUUACAAAGCGUCAUUUUCAGAAUGGUGGAUGUAGGAGGCCAACGAUCAGAAAGAAGAAAAUGGAUACAUUGCUUUGAAAAUGUCACAUCUAUCAUGUUCCUAGUAGCUCUUAGUGAAUAUGAUCAAGUGCUUGUGGAGUCAGACAAUGAGAAUCGAAUGGAAGAAAGCAAAGCACUCUUCAGGACAAUUAUCACAUAUCCGUGGUUCCAGAACUCUUCAGUCAUUCUGUUCUUAAAUAAAAAAGAUCUCUUAGAGGAGAAAAUUAUGUACUCCCAUCUAGUUGAUUAUUUUCCAGAGUAUGAUGGACCACAACGGGAUGCACAAGCGGCACGAGAGUUCAUCCUGAAGAUGUUUGUAGACCUGAAUCCAGACAGUGACAAAAUUAUCUACUCCCACUUCACGUGUGCUACAGACACAGAGAAUAUUCGCUUCGUCUUUGCUGCUGUCAAGGACACAAUCCUACAGUUAAACCUGAAGGAGUACAACCUGGUCUAACUGUGCCUAGGAGGCCCUCCAAAACCAACUUUGCGUGAUUGAAGAUAUACAAGAGGGACUGUAUUAUCUGUGAAAAAAAUUUGCAUAAUACUAAUUUAUUGCCGGCCUGGACUCUGUGAAUGUCCACAGAGUUUGUAGUUAAUAUUAUGAUUUUAUUUAAACUAUAUGGAGGAAAAACAAAAGAUGCUGAAUUACAUUCACAGCACAUUUCCUCAGUUUUUUAGGCAAAACGUGACUCAAUGUGUUUUAAAUUCUCAGUCAUACAUUUACAAAAGAUAGCAGGUUUUUGCUAUUGAAGCAAAAUCAAGCUCGUUUCCUCUUUCCCUGACCCUUUCUCCCUCCCUCCUUCCCCUCCCCCCUUAUCUUUUACAAGGUACAGUGGCCUGUUUUGUCCCAGUUGCAUUUCUGGGUGAAAUAUUUUCUGUUGAGUGAUUUCGUCAGGAAAAUACUAUCAUCAGAAUCAGUCAUUAUAAUUUUACAGUGUGUAUUUUCUCUGAAGGAUCAAAAGUAUUGAUACUGUGAUUUUUAAAUUCUUGACAUGGGUGUCUUCAUUCUGUCUUCACUUUUGAGAAUAGAAUAUUGGGAUUGCAAAAUAGAAUUACAGUUGUCUAAGGAUAUUAAAUUUAACCGUAUUUUCACAGUUUGGAAAGGUGCACAGAAGACAGUAAUGAAAUAACUAAGACACAACCUGCUAUGUACGUGGAAUAUGUUAGAAUCUCUUUUUAAUUGCCAUGUGCCAUUUUUUCUCUCUUCUUUUAUUCACAAAUGCCAAAUAGAAAUGUCAUAAACACUACAUUUUCCCCAGUGGCUACAGCCUGAAACAGUGGGUUUUUUUUCUUAAGUUAGAGCUUUUUUUAAGUGUUCUUUUUCCACACUAGAAAAAUUAUUUUUAUUGUAUAGAAUUAAUGUUGCCAAAUCUGGCUUUUUUAUAAAACCAAUGCUCUUGAAACAUAAGAUACUGAUUGAAAUGCCAAACUGAUGGGUUGGGAACUGACCUGAUUGAGUCAACUGCCAAAUGAUAAACACAGUUUCAGCUCAUAUGUUCCCUUUUUUAGAAAGUGUUCCAUUUUCUAAUGCCAAAACCAACAGUGUGAGUGAAAGUGCUACGAGGUGCACCAUGCAUAUGCAUGUGUUCUACUAAUUUAAAGACAGUUUGAAUCUCCUUAUGUCAGAUAUGGCAUGAGAUUGUUUUCUGUAAUAAUAUCAAGACACCUUUAGUUGUAUAACAAAUUAUUGAUGAGAGAUCAUAUUCAAGAACCUUUCUUGAUAAGGUUGCUUGUUAACUAACUGAUUCACAGACAUUUGAUAGGCUUUCAUGCAAAAUAGCCUCUCUCAAUGUUCUUUAGAAAAGAUUAAUGUAAAUGAAACAAGGAGAAAAUCAUUCUUGAAAUUUAAAUGUGCAAUUUUUUAACACAAAAAUGCAGCACACAUUGAUGAGCCUUUAUUCUGCAGCUUAGGUUGAAAGGUGUUUUUUGACCAGGUGCAUGAUUGCUAGCAAGCUAUAGAAAACUCAAGAGUUUAGACAUGUAAUUGGAUUGAUUAUCUGCAAUGCCAAGUAGCACUAGAGUGCACUUAACACAGAAAUGGCUGCCUUGUAGCAGCGCAUGGGAGGUGGAAAAAAGAAUGGCUUAUUAGUUGAUUACCAAAGUUAACAAUAAAUACUAAUGAGGCAUUUUUCAUCCUUAACCCUCCCAACUCCAAAACAGUAGUAAGAACAGUUGCUAUUUUUUGCUCCCUCUUAAAACACCUUGUAAUUUAAAACUGGUUGUAGGUAUAGUGCAAUUAUGAAUGCUAUAAUCAUUGUACAUACAUCUAUAUAUAUAUAUGGCAGCAUCCAUAUUGGCUUUGUAAUCAUUAAUUUUUGGCAAAUUGAAUGUGCUGUAUUGAUAUGUAUCUAUGUAAUUGUAUUGUAUGUCAUAGCUAAUUCACAUUUUAAAUAAUGUUAUUUUAUUUACUUUUUUAAGAGAGAAGAAUGUAAAUUUUGUCAGUUUAUUUCUGACUAGGGAUUUGUUGUUUUUUUAUUUACAAAACAAAAAAAAAAUUACUGUAGUACAGAGCGGUACUAGCAUCGUGCUGUAUAAAAUCAUUUGCACAUUCCUGAGUAGAAGUAAAUUGGAGACACCCAGACAAAGGCCAUUCACAUUCAAAAUAAUGCUUAAAUCUUGUUAGGGCUUUACACAGGUGUAGAAACCAGUCUUAUUAGAAGAGCUUAUGCCGUUAUAUCUAGGAUUGGAACAUAAGCUUUUAAAUAUAAUUUCUAUUUGGCAGGUUCAUGUUAGGUUACUUUUACUUUUCUAAUAGGCUUUAUUAGAAAAGUAAAUUUAGAGAUCCUUCAAAUCAUUGUACAUAAGUACUAAUGAGUAUAUGCUGUUGCCCUAAAAAUACCAUGAAAAAGUUCGGAACAUCAGAUCAAUCAAACAGUCUUUCAGAAACUGCAGAAACCUUCGCUAUAACAACAACAACCAAAAAGUCACUAUUGUUAAUGAUUUGAAGGAGUUAAGGAGUUUUAUUUAAUAAAGCUAAAGCAGAUAGAUCUAGGCUAUAAAAAGUAACACUGACAUUCUGAACAGGGGAUCAGAGCAGUGACUCUUACAUACAGCAUAACAAAAUUGGUCCUGAUCUUGCUAUAAAUGCAACAGAGCUUCUUUUUGCACAGUUCCAGUGUUGAUAAUAUCCCUUCUUUUAACCUGGGAAUACAUUCCCCAUGCUGGAUUCAGUGCUGUAAAUGGAACUGUAGCCAAAAACAAAAAAAAACCCAAAACAACAACAACAAAAAACAAAAACAAAAAACCAAAACCCCCAAAAAUAGACAGUGGUGUCUAACAAAAGUUAGGGUUUGUUUUGUUUUUUUAAAUUUGUUUUCUUAUGGGAUAUUGGGUGGGGGAGAAGGAAAUGUGGUUCUGAGUUUUGUAUAAAAACAAAAACAAAGGUUUACUCAUGCUUUAUAGUUCUAUUGUGAUUGCAAAAGUUUUCAAGAGUGUGUGCCACUGGGCUACUUCUGGUAUAUUUUAGGUAAGUUAAACCUGUGGCAAUGUUUAGAUCAUUUGAGCAUGUUCUAAAAAAAAAAAAAAAAAAUCAGUACGCCAAGGCAAGCUUUACAUGAAUCACCUAACACAGCAUUGCAGUGUGACAGUUUACAAAAACAUUUCCUUUUUAAAUGACACAGCUGUUCCCACUUGCAGUAUAUUCUGUUGUGGUGGUGGUGGUGUUGCUAUUGUUUUAAUUGGUGGUUUCUACUAUGCCUUAUAGUGCUUGAGUCCAGAAGUUUGUGCCUCUAACAUGAAGCUGAGGGCAAAAACAUCAAGACAGAAACCCUUUUAACUUUGCCAAAAUUAUGUGAUUUCUUUGAAUGUCAUAAAUGGGGGAGGAGGGAAGGAAAACAUCUUGGGAAUCUGUUCUAGAUGUUCACUAGCACAAGAAAGCUGUAAUACGUGUUUUACAGAAACCUUAAACUUGCCUUUUUCACAAAUUAACUGGCGCUGUCCUUACAUAUAUAGAAUGAUGCAGCUAUAAGGGCAGUUUACUUUUUAUAAUUUAGACUCUUUUGAUUGUCAAGGUGUAUGGACUUUAAUUUUUAAUCAUACUGCCACAUGAUUGUGAAUCACUUAAGUUUGAAAGUGGAGAAUAGACUUUUUAUGCUGGAUAUCAGUCACAAUUGACUGCAUGAUUUGCAAAAACUCUAAAUGGGGGGGAAAAGGGCUGCGUAUAAAGACAUUUCUAGACUCCCAGCCUUUGGUUGUAAGGUGCAGAAGACGUUCGGAUUACUCAACCUCAUGACCCUUUCCUUGUUACACAUUCUUCACAAAAGAAUGAAGUAUUAGGAGAAAACAAAGACAUGUUAACCAACAUGAAAAAAUAAAAUUUAGCCAAUUAAUUUAUUA